GCAAAAGAUGUUAAGUCAGUGCAUGACAAGCUUCCGAGUGACAACUGGAAAACAAAAUAUCUUUCUUUCAAUAUGAAUCUAUUGAUAAUCACUUUGUGUGCCCUCGUGGCAGUGGCAAUCGCCGCCCCCGUUGACAACACCAGUCCAAUCCCCAUCGUCAAGCAAGCCUUGGACGGACCCAAUCCCGAUGGAUCCUACAAUUACAACUAUGAGACUGGUAACGGCAUUCAAGUCCAAGAGGAGGGCCAUCUUAACAACGUUGGUACCGACAGCGAAGCCCUGGAAGCACAUGGCAGCUUCAGCUAUACUGGCCCCGAAGGACAAACCUACCAAAUCUCGUACGUAGCCAAUGAGAAUGGAUUCCAAGCAGAAGGUGCUCACUUGCCGACCGCGCCUCCAGUGCCACCUCAAAUUCUAAGGGCUCUUCAGUACAUCGCCGAACACCCCGAACAGGAGAAUGAAUCAAUAAAGGAGAAUCAAUAAAGGAUUCCAAAAAAGGCCCUAUAACGAAAGAAGAAUAAAAUCGGUGAAUCAAAGGCGAAUUUCGAGGAGACGAGACGAUUAGAAGAAGCCUGGUGUGAAACCGAAUCGUGAUUGUAACGAGGAUUGAGUAUUCGAUCCCGACUGAUAUAGACUGGCAACAGACUCGGCUCUUCGCGUCGUGAUUAUUUUUGUAUUUAUAUGCGCCUGUAUAAUUAAAACAAAUUUUUUUGUAUAAUA